AUGGAUAAAAGUAGGAAAUCAGGGGAAAUAUUGGUGAAACCCUCUAUUGAGAAUAUAGAUCCCUUUAAGACCUACCAAUUUCAAACACCAAAAUUCUAUUCAUUACAAGAAAACCCUAUUUUAUAUGGUGGUAGUAGAGACUGGAUAUUGAAUAUCAACACAUUUCAAGAAAAGAGCAUUAAAUGCGAUUUAUUCGUAUUGCACACUUCAUUCAUAAUAUGGUUCAACGAUCUAAACAAAGGUCUCGAGUUGAUUUAUCAGGAUAUCAUAUUACAUGCAGUUCAAGGGACUUCAAGUUUAUAUUUACAAAUCGAAUUUAAUAACGAAAUAAAAUCGUUGUUAGAACAUUUGGACAUUCUAAUUACAAAUGAAAAUGAUUAUGAAUACAAUUUUGUUGAGUUCAAUUUUACAACAAGCCAUGAUAAACAGAAAGAUAGUAGCAUCAAAGAGGACCUAUUUACAAUAACAAAUUUCGAUGAAGAUGUGAUCAAUAAUCCUGUUCAAAGUGUUUAUAACGCUUUGUCCAAGUGCACAGCAUUUCACGGAGAUCCAACAGAAGAUUCUGACUGUGAUUUUAUGGAACAAGAUGAAAUAGAUAACGAUGUGGAUAUCGCUGGACCUUCAUUGGAUCAGUUGAAAUACAGUCUCAAGAACUAUGGCCAAGCAGACGAUAUCGACGACAUUGAAGACAUUGAUGAUAUUGCUGAAAUUUUUGAUAACAACGAUAACAAUACACACCAAAACAUGUUCAAAUCUGCCUUGGAUGUGGAAAUCAACAGUGGCUGUGAAAAUGCGAAAAUAAGACCCAGGAACAGCGAACUGCAAUUGGAUAACGUCAAAAAGGCUAAAAUUGUGGAAAACGGCAAGAAAUAA